CCCGGGAAGGAGGCGGGCAGUCGUGUGCGUGUGUAGCAGAGCUCCGGUCUUAGCGCGAAGCUAAGGCCACCUGAGAAAGAACCAAGAGGCCGGAAGCACUCGGAAGUCACGUGCUCCCCGAGCGGCUCGAGUGAUUGGCUUGGAAGGACGUGAAUGAUGCCGCUGUGAUUGCUGAAUUGUCUGGGCAGGGUUUGGGGUCUCUGGUAAGCUCCUAUGACCCAUACAUUCCUCUGGAGAGGAAAAGGAAGGAGAAGUCUACUUUCUCUGCAAUCCAAUGGUCCCAUCUGUCAGGAGCCCUGAAUGUCCACCUCAGGUGUCGUCAGCAUGGAGUUCUGAAGUCCAUGUGGCUCCUCACAGUGAACCAGGUCCUAAGGAAAAUGCAGAGACGUCACAGCAGCAACACGGAUAACAUUCCACCUGAAAGAAACCGCAGCCAGGCGCUCAGCACCGAAUCGAGUGUGGAUGAAGGCGGCGUCUUCGAGAGUCUCAAGGCAGAAGUGGCCUCCCCGCCAGCGCUCUUCUCCAGCCUGUCUGGCCUCCCUUCCGGUGGCCUGCCUGCCACCCCGUUCCCGUCCAGCCUGGUGCUGGGGGCCGCGGCCGGCGGCGGGGACGUGUUCAUCCAGAUGCCCGCGUCCCGGGAGGAGAGCGGCGGCCGCGGCGAGGGAGGCACCUUCCACCACCGCCCGCCGCACCACCACUUCCACCAUGGCCACCGCGUAGGGGGCUCGCUGCUGCAGCACGUGGGUGGCGACCACCGUGCACACAGCGACGAGGGCAGCGACGAGCAGCCGGGGACGCCCGCCCCCGCCCUGUCCGAGCUGAAGGCCGUGGUCUGCUGGCUGCAGAAAGGCUUGCCCUUCAUCCUGAUCCUCUUGGCCAAAGUGUGCUUCCAGCAUAAGCUUGGCAUUGCCGUGUGCAUUGGGAUGGCCAGCACCUUCGCCUAUGCCAACUCUGUGCUCCGAGAACAGGUCUCGCUGAAGGAGAAGAGGUCGGUGCUGGUCAUCUUGUGGAUCUUGGCCUUUCUGGUGGGAAACACCUUAUAUGUGCUGUAUACAUUCAGUUCCCAACAGUUGUACAACAGCCUCAUAUUCCUGAAGCCCAACCUGGAAACACUGGACUUCUUUGACCUGCUGUGGAUUGUAGGGAUCGCAGACUUUGUAUUAAAGUACAUCACCAUCGCUCUCAAGUGCCUCAUUGUGGCCCUGCCGAAGAUCAUCCUGGCUGUCAAGUCCAAGGGAAAGUUCUAUCUGGUCAUCGAGGAGUUGAGCCAACUGUUCCGAUCACUUGUCCCCAUCCAGCUGUGGUAUAAAUACAUCAUGGGCGAUGACUCCUCCAACAGCUACUUCCUGGGUGGGGUCCUGAUCGUCCUCUACAGCCUCUGCAAGUCAUUUGACAUCUGUGGCCGUGUGGGUGGAGUUAGGAAAGCCCUGAAGCUUCUCUGCACCUCUCAGAAUUACGGGGUCCGGGCCACUGGGCAGCAGUGCACAGAAGCCGGCGAUAUCUGUGCCAUCUGCCAGGCCGAGUUCCGGGAGCCUCUGAUCCUUAUGUGCCAGCACGUGUUCUGUGAGGAGUGCCUCUGCCUCUGGCUGGAUCGGGAGCGCACCUGUCCCCUCUGCCGUGCAGUUGCUGUGGACACCCUGCGCAGCUGGAAGGAUGGGGCCACGUCGGCACACUUCCAGGUCUAUUAGGGCUAAAGAAUGAGGACUCGAAGCUCCCAGGCACAGCCAGGGAACUGAUAUACUGGGUCCAGCUUUGGGGACUUCCUGGAAGCAGGCCUCCUGCCUUUCUCCACAUCUUCCCCCAAAGCCAAGCCCCAUCCUCCCCACCUUCACUCUCCUCUUUUCUGUGGCAUGGUGUGUGCAUCCUUCCCUGACACACGGGGAAGCCUCCAACCCAAACUUGGUCUCCGCCCAGGUAGGUCUUCCGCCACCCCAAGUUAAGGGAUCAGUAAUAGCCAAGGCCCACUGUUGUGACUGUAACUCAUGGUGACCUGGAACCCUGUGCUGCAGCCUGGGAUGGGGCCUUGAGAUCACUGCCUCCCCCAACACGGCCCAGGGCUGCAGGUUAGAAUCACUGUGAAGUAUUUCCCAAGUACAAAUGCUGGGCCCCACCUUAUACCUGCAAUAGCUGUCUACCACUUAGUGUGAGCCAGACACGGCAUUGAAUAUCCUGCUGAGAUGACCUCCUGGGAUCCUCACGGCAGCCCUACCUGGUGGAGAUACUGUCAUUUCCUACAUGUUGCAGAUGAGGAAACUGCAGCACAGAACUCCAUGUGGUUACUCUUCCAGGGUCACGCAGCUAGCAGUGGUGGACCGAGUUUCCAACCAUGGCCUCUCUGGCUUCAGAACCCAUGCUCUUACCAUGCUGCCCCCUGCUCCUACAGUGCAGGCAUGGGCCCACAGACAUGGUUCUCUAAAAGCACAAGAGGUGAUUUUGAUGCCCCUCAGUGGCCCACAUGCAAAGCAUGCUUAGUUUGGACUGCCUGGACAAUGCUAACAGUGAACACAAACUCUAGAAAUCUAGUUGUGGCUAGGUCCACAGAAAGACUUGGUCCUCAAAAUUGCUGUUUUGCUGGGCUCCGUCUGGGGUGCUCAGUCACAUUUGGGUACCAAGAAAGGCCAGCUUUGGUCCAGAUGCAGAAAUCACUGGGUCCCCACACCCAUCUUUAGUUCUCUCCUUCGCCUUCUGUUCUAGUCCUCUCCCUCACUUAGGUCUCAGCUUGUUAAUGGCUUCUCUGAACAUCGCCUUCUUCCCCGGUGGCCUUCAGAUCAAAGGGGACAAUCCACGUUGUGGAUUUUUCCACAAGCUGCGGUGGUGGCCUAGAGCGCAGUAGCAAUCAGCGUUUCUGUAGUCUCUAUACCAGAGCUGUGAAUGUCUAGCAGAACAGCCUCUCUACCUGUGAGACCCUCCCUGCUUGGAAAUCUGGGAGUAGAUGGCACAGGUGACCACUUAGAAGCCGCUGGAAUCUUGCCUGCCCUACCCCUCUCCUAGGUCUGUUCUUAUUGUCAACCUCAGCACAACAGGCUAGCACCAAUGCAUUUCAGGGAAAGCCAUCUUUGCGGCUAGUGAGCAGACUAGCACAACAGCCCCCGGAGACUCCAUGGGGGCCUUGCUGCCACCUCGCUCUUAGCCACUGUUAACAUGCCUGCUCCAUCCCCAGUAGCUUCAGGGCAUUUGCCCCUGUGUGCUGUCAAGCCAGGACCUUUUCCUUUGCCUGACUUCCUGAGCUCUUUCCUGGUACCCAACAAGACCUGCCUUCCAGGGCAGCAUGGCACCUUUCAAGCUCUGUUACUAUGGCAAUGGCCACAAUGUUCGAAUCCCCUUUGCCUGAAUAGUCGAAUCAAGUUGGAAGGGGACAUGGAGGGAAAUGAGGCCAGGUGGAUGCAGUUGCUCUAUUCCCCUCGCUUUGAGGAAGAACCAAAGGGAAGCAACAGGAAUUUCUGCAACUGGUUUUUAUCAGAAAGAUCACCCUGUCCGCAGAUGCCAUCAAAGAGGCAUGAGAAAUUGGAGCUGGAGAAGACUCACUACAGAGCCACGUGUCACAGGGCAGACAGAGCAGUCUGUUGAGAGUCAAGCCCGGAAUUCUGAUUCCAAACUCUGCAUGACUUUGGGAAGUCACUUCACCUCCCUGUAGCCAUCUCCACAGUGACAAAACCUAGUAUAUUAUCUACUGGAACCAGGGAAGCUAACAAUGUAGAUGACUGGUGAACAUGCCAUUCAUUUUGUCAAUUGCACUCAUGCUGUCAAAAGUAAAAUUUCUCUAACAUUUCUAGUGAGCCCUGCCUCUAACACUAUAAAAAACAUCACAUGUGAGGGAUACUUAGGGGCAGGCAGCAUGAUUUUAGUUUAAGAUUUUAUCUAUUCAUUCUCUCUGAGAGAAAGUCCCACCGGAGGUUUUCUUUUGGGUGGGAAGAUUUAACUUCUACUCUAAGGAGGAACAGUGGUCAGUGCAGAAUUUUGCAAACAUCAGUCUACAUGUGUUCCCUAACACGAGUGUAAAAGCAGCCGAGAGUCACCAUUGGAAAGGAAGAACGCUGCCAUUCUCCUUUAGCCACCUGGGCUCUGCAGCUCUUUUCACAGGGGAUCAGUCGAGUAUCCUACUCUUGAUAUCUUAUGAUUCUCUGACUGAAAAUUCCAUGAAGUCCUUAGAAAUGGAGCUCUUAAUGUAAAAGAGUUUGAGCAUAAAUGUGAGAGAAUAAAAAGGCGAGCUUUGGACCUGGAUGUAACCUUCCUAAGGGGAGAAUGUGAGAGACAUCGGGAGUCAUCCAGGCUGCUCGGAUCUGGAUUUGCAAAGAGGAAAUGUAAAGUAAGUCUUGGAAUCUUUUAGGACUUUUGCUCUGGGCUAUGCAGAGCCACCUUUGGUGUUUUUAAUGUUCCCUAAGUUCCCUUCUGCCAAUAAAUGUCA